AUGGGGAAUGAUAUGCUGUUAUGCAAGGUUUUCCUAGCCAGUCUGAAAGGCCAGGCUCUUUCAUGGUUCCACCGACUGCCCGUAAACUCGAUUGACAAUUUUCGGGAUUUGUUCGAGGUCUUCGUAGGGCAAUACUUAUGCUCAGCCAGACAUAAGCAGAAUAUCAGCACCCUGCAAAACCUCAAAAUGCAAGAAAAUGAAACUUUGAGAGAGUUCGUUAAGCGCUUCGGACAAGCUGUUCUACAAGUCGAAUCGUACAGCAUGGACGCAAUUCUCCAAAUUUUUAAGCGAAGCAUAUGCCCAGGGACCCCCUUCUUCGAGUCCCUCGCUAAAAAACCUCCCACAACCAUGGACGAGUUAUUCCGGCAUGCGAAUAAAUACUCCAUGCUAGAGGACGACAUCCGUGCCGCUGCACAGCCAAUCAUGGUAACUGGCCAAGCCACUAAAAACGAAGCCACCAAAAGCUUUAAAACACCCAGCCAUCCUGGGACAUCCAACCGGAGGCAAGACGAGCGGCGCCCACCAUUCGUUCAAACACCUCUCACCAAGUCAUACGUAAAACUGCUUCCUAUAAUCCGCAAUCUGCUCGAAUUCAGAUGGCCAGUGCCAAUACCAUCUAACCCCUCAGAAAGGGACCGCAACAAAAGAUGUGAAUACCACAAAGAUCACGGGCACAUGACUGAAGCAUGCAUAAGCCUCCGUUACAUGGUGGAGGAUCUCCUGAAGGCAGGACACUUGAAACAAUAUAUCCGAACAGUCCCUCAAGGUGAAGAAUCUCCCCGUAAUCGAGGCACACGCGCCCCAGCAGCUCCUGUUAGGGCAAUGAUCAACUGUAUAUACGGAGGACCCUUGGAUGACGAGUACAGUUCCAAAAGGAAAAGGCAGAGACUGCUACGAGCAGCUACGGUUCGAGAACACGUGAGCUCCAUCCGACCAAGAUUAGCCAAUGGGAGCACCCAUCCCAUAGAUGGAACCAUUGUCUUCCCCGCUAUAGAUCCAACCCGAGUGCUGCAACCACACCGGGAUGCUCUCGUCCUAACAAUAGGGGUGGGAGACUACGACGUGAAAAGAAUCCCGAUCGAUCUAGGCAGCUCCGCGGACUUACUGUAG